AUGUGGAAACAAGUUGCCGCAGCCACCUCUCUCUUCGCUGCAGGGCACGUAACUCUCGCUCAGCGGUCUGGUAACGAAUCAAUCUGCGACUAUUACGCUACCCAACGGUAUGGCGAGAAUAAUAGUACCACCCAGUUGCUCCUCGUCCAGAGCAUCGUCACUCUUGCCUAUGCUGGAAGUGCUGGCCUUCCAAACCCACCAGACGAUAGCUCUGGCAUUUUCAACAAGGGGCAGUUUAAUGGGAUAGACGUAUAUCUUCGGCCUUGGUUUGAUGGGUCCAAAGCGACAACAAAUCUGAAUAAUCAGCCGGUGGGCAUCAACUGGUUAGACGGGGGAGCCACUGCUCCACUAUUGUCGUUCUUGAACGGUUCAACGAAUUCCGUCAAUAUAAAUAAUUCAACGAACCAAUACCGUCUAUUCACCCACUGGUUCACCGCCUUUGGCUUCAUCUACGGCUGCAGCUUUGCGCCGAAAUUCCCACGUACGACCGACAGCGGCGGUCCUCUUUCUGCUGCCUAUGUCCAUAAGUUUAUGAACCUGAAUCAGACGGAUAUCGGAUACUUCAUCAAGGAGCUUACCGUGGCUAGUAGAUAUUUUGGCUUCUCAGACGAAGAUGCGCAGACGCUGGAUACUUUUAUGAAUGCGAGGUACAAUGUGCGAUGCGCACCUCCUGUCAAUGGCCAGCUCUACUCUAUUUGCUUCGCCGAUGAGUGCCCACUUGCACAGCCUCAGCCCGACUGUGACGCAUAUAAGGAUCUUUCACCAGGUGGAACGAGCAAUGUUACAGUCGUGACAACUACGAUAGCCCCAACAUUGGCAACGCCCACUUCAGCAACGGCUACAACUUCCUCUACGGCCUCGGCGGAAAGUACAAGUUCCAACUCCAAUUCUGUCGUCCUGUCCAAUGGAGCAAUAGCAGGAAUAGCCAUCGGUGGCGCAGCUGUUUUGCUUCUGGCUCUCGGCUUAAUAUUAUACUUCCGCCGCCAGUCUAAAAGUCCUCAGAUCGUGCCUGUUCCCGUGCCCUCUGGUGGCUACGGCUCCCCUACCUAUCCCACUCAUACGAAUUACAGCACAAAUCCGCAUACAAGCAUGGCAUCUACUUCAGUCCCACACGAGCCGUAUAUGGGAGCACAUAACAGCGUAACAGGGUUCUGGGUGCCGCCAAAACCACAGGAGAUGGGACAAAACGUCCAUGAAACUGUGGUUGUGGCGAGGCCGGCGUCCAUGUCACCGCCGUUGGCUGAGUUGGCUGAGAUGGAGAGCCCUUGA